AUGUCGCAGCGAGUUGCCCAAGCUGUCAAGACUGCAGCCGGGAGGAUUUCGCUGGUGUUUCCAGACAAGGCCCCAAUCGAGUUGCAUCCCCUUUGGCUGCGCCUCAAUGACCCGAGUCAGGCAACCCGGAAUCAACAGCGCCUCUUUGAAAUGUCUAGCGUCGUUACUGGAGGCAUCAGCCCCAGCGUCGACCACUGCACCAGCGCUGAAUCGGAGCUGCAUGUCUCCUGGAGUGAUGGGCUUCAGAGCCAAUAUCCCUGGAGCUGGUUGGAGCGGCAGAUGCAGCCGAACACCGUGGAGAGGUUCUUGUGGAGAAAAGGCUUCAGCCAGUUUCUCCCUGAAAUUCCGUACACGUCCCUGAAUUCACGGAUGGGCAAGCUACAACUCUGCAGUUAUCUUGAAAGAUACGGACUGGGUGUCAUCCGAGGAGUAGAUAUCGAGACGGGGAUGGUUGCCAAAGUGGGGAACCAGAUCGGCAAUGUGCGUGUGACAAACUACGGUUCCAUCUUCGAUGUGCAGGACAAGGGUGUGCAGAUGUUGCACUGCUUAGAAAGUGCUGAAGAAGGUGGAGCCACUAUGUUCAUCGAUGGUUUUCGGGUGGCUGAAGAGCUUCGAAUCCAAGAUCCUGAGGCUUUUCGCAUGCUCGCAGCGACUUCGCACCCCUUUGAAUAUCGAGAUCCAGACGAGGGAGUGCUGCUGCGCGCGACGGCGCCCGUGAUCCAGCUCGACCAGGCCAAUGACGUCCAGCGCAUCACUUUCAACAACCGAUCAGCAGCGGCUCUGCCAGCAUCUUUCCCGAACCUGGAGGAGUACUACAGGGCAUGGGCAGCGUUUGACUUUCUGGCCAAUUCGGAUGACUACGCCGUGAAGCUUCUGAUGAGGCCAGGGGACUUGGCCAUUUGGCUGAAUGGUCGCGUCAUGCACGGCCGCGAGAGUUACUGCGCUGGUGGCCGGCGGCACAUUCAGGGUGCAUAUUUGGAUCAGGAUGAGAUCCACUCCAGCGUCAUGGCGGCCUUGGCUGAAGGUGUCGACAUUAGUUCUUUUGACGUCCACAAGCUCGCAGCGAAUAUUUGCAUGGAGGUGCUGAGCUCCCUCAGGAGGACAGCCGAGGAGGAUCCGUUUCGUGAGGCCUUGAAGCUUGCAACUGCAGCCCGCAGGUCAGGGGCAGGAUCCGAUAUUAUUUUGGCGUGCUUGAUGCAUGCUGCAUCCCGGCCACAUACUUUGGAGAUUUGGACCCAGGUCGCUCAGGCCAACUUUAGACAGCUCCUGGAUCUUGGAGAAACGAUAUCGCCCUUGGCAAGGAUGGGCUUUUCCGCUGAGGUCGUGGCAUUCUCCCAGAAAGUUGAAGACGGUUGGCGCUUCGAUGGCCUGUCACGGGAGGAGCAACAGAAAUUCCUGGCCAUUCCUGAAGCAGAAAUGUUGCUCCAGUGCAUCCGCGCAUGCCGGGACGGCAUGGCACCUUCGAUGCCUGACUCUUUCCAUGGUCUUCUCCACGAGCAUUUCCAGCAGCAGUCUAAGUGA